AACGCACUUGAAAAGAAAUCUGACGUAUCAGCGAAUCAUUGUUUUGAUCUAGCCAAUGUCCUCGAGGGAGUCGAAAGGUUCUACGUGAGGAAAAAGGCUGGAAAGGAAAAGAAACAAAUACGCAGCUUGGUCACACUGCACGAGUCCAUUCAAAAGUGGGAGAGGAUUGGCGCUAUCUCAACCGUCUCCACAUCGUUGGUAAGCUCCGGAGAACAGUCUACCGUCACGUUCAGUUUCGCUCGCAGCGCAACAACGUGAGCUCCAACGCGACUCAUUACUCCAAUCGCUUAUCAGGAUCCAACCGUAUCGGCCAUCAAAACACGUAGACUUCUCUGUAAAAGCACGUGACACGCGUCGAGGGCUUUUCUCGUGAUUUCGAUAACGUGCAUGCAUCCUGUCUGGAUCAUUCUGAGCAAAUAGGAAACUACCUUUUUCAUCAGUUUUCGAGUAAAAGCGAAGGUCGAGUGAUAAGAAGCCGAUAAGGUCGUUGGAAUCUUCUUCUCAUGCUUCUCACGUUUGUAGCAACUUAAGGGAGGAAGGAAGAAGCACGUUGACAGGAAGGUAUUUGCGGAAAAUCGCGACAGAAGCAAUCAGUAGUAUCGAAAUCGUGGAUCUUGUCAUUCAAUUGCUGAGGAAUUUUUCAUAAGAACUACAGAAAGCAAACGCAAUCGUUUCUUCCGUGACAAACGCCAGUGUGGCCUGCCAGUCCGUUGACCCUAGUCGUGUGUGUCGCGCCAAACAAGUGAUUCUUCCCUUGGAGAACAUUUUGAAGUUCGCGUUGCCGACAGCUUCUUUGGCGUCGCCCAACUUAGCUAUCUAUAUCGGCGAGAAGCAGACUCGCUUUGUACAUCGAGGAAUCAGGAAAUGCGGUAACGAGAGCGAGAUGAUGUCGUUGUCCGACGUGAUUUAUGGCAGGCAGCUGAGCACGUCAUCAAUCAGAGGUCUCUGGUUGCUGUGGUUCUGCCUGUUCGCGAGUUUGAUCUCCCCGAGUUUAUCCGUUAACGUAUCAUGCUGUCCAGAGGGAACGAUAUGGCAACGUACGUCCAAUUGCUCUGACGGCACAAAAAUCCGUCUAGACUGUUCGAGCAUCUUCCUGAUGGAUCCUCAGCAGAGCAAACAUGACAACUUUACUGUUAUCUAUGAGGAGGGCACCGCUUGGUUACUGCCAGACAUCGACUAUGAGAAAAUCCCGCUUGACAGAUUCUGCGUAGCCAAAUCGGUGCAGAAUGGUAGCGAGAUUGCCCUGGUGUGCUUUGAGCAUGAGCUGAUAGAUGAUGGCGUGUCGAAGAUGUGGAAGAACAUGCUGAUCUGUGUCGUCAGCAUCAUUUCGGCGAUCUUUCUGAUCGCCACUCUGGCGAUUUAUGUUAUUUUGCCGGAAUUGCGAGAGCUGCAGGACAAGGCGAUGAUGGCCGCUGUCACAACUCUGGCGGUCAGCUACACCGUCCUCUCCAUUCAACACUUACGACCGAAUAUGGACGACGAUGAUUAUAUCAUCUGUGUUUCUCUCGGAUUUAUAUUAUAUUUCGCCUUCAUGUCUGCGUUUUUCUGGCUGAACAUCGUGGCCUUCAACGUAUGGCGAUGCGUGUGGUUUAAGAGCUUCAAGAUAAAGGAACAAUCGCUUUUCUACGCUUAUUGCGUGUGGGGAUGGGGCGGUCCAAUGUGUUUCUUGAUCGCCGCACUGACGACACACCAUAUGUCCGGAAAUCACUUGCGACCUGGUUUUGGCGAAUAUACCUGUUGGUUUAGCGGCGCUACAGAGACGUGGGCGUACUUUUACGGGCCGGUCGCUGUUUUGUUAAUAUUAAACAUGCUCUAUCUUGGAAUGACCAGCUGGCGUUUGUGGCAUCAAUAUCGCGAGUACACGGGAAGCAAGUUGCGAAUCAUGCGAUUUAAGUGCCUGCUAUAUAUUAAAUUGGUGCUCGUCAUGGGUAUUACCUGGAUCUUUGAAUUGUUAUCAUUCGCUAUUGGAUCGAGAAUGGAUGAGUUCUGGAUACCGACGGAUCUGUUGAACGGUCUGCAAGGAUUCAUCAUAUUCCUGCUUCUCGUUGCGACGCGGAAAAGGGUGCGAAAAUUAUUGGCGAAGAAGCGACUGUGCGGUAUCGCUUUCCCAAAAUCCUGGGCCGCAUACGAAGACGAGGAGUGCGAAGCGGUACUUCCCGAGGAGCUCGAGCUAUCUCAACAAGGCUAAGGCACUCUGAUUUUUUUUUCAGAAUCAUGACGCGGGUUAAAUGUGAGAAAUAUUGCCUACAGAAAGACAAUCCAAUGAUUUAUUUGUAAAUUAUCUAUUGGAUAUGGGAAUAAGUUUCCGUCCUUUUU